GAAAGAGACAGGAGCAUUCACUGGAGCCCCUGCUUUGGAUUUUGCCUAGACCCAGGUGACCCCGAGUGGGAGGCCCCAGACUAGCCUGCCAAGAUGGGUGAAAUAGAGCAGAUGAAGCAAGAGGCUGAGGAGCUGAAGAAGAAGAUUGAGGAUGCUCGAAAAGCUUGCGCUGACACUACACUUGCUCAGCUUGCGUCUGGGAUAGAAGCGGUCGGGCGCAUACAGAUGCGUACACGUCGAACCCUGCGUGGACACCUGGCCAAGAUCUAUGCUUGUCACUGGGCCACAGAUUCCAAGCUCAUGGUCAGUGCCUCACAAGAUGGGAAACUCAUUGUGUGGGACACGUAUACAACCAACAAGGUUCAUGCCAUCCCUCUCCGCUCCUCCUGGGUCAUGACCUGUGCCUAUGCCCCGUCAGGGAAUUUUGUGGCCUGUGGAGGUCUGGACAACAUGUGCUCCAUCUACAGCCUGAAGAGCCGUGAAGGGAAUGUGAAAGUGAGCCGGGAGCUCUCGGCCCAUACAGGCUACCUUUCCUGCUGUCGAUUCCUGGAUGACAAUAACAUUGUGACCAGCUCUGGGGACACCACAUGCGCCCUCUGGGACAUUGAGACAGGACAGCAGAAGACCGUGUUCUUGGGUCACACUGGGGAUUGCAUGAGCCUGGCCGUUUCCCCAGACUUCAAUCUCUUCAUCUCUGGAGCUUGCGAUGCCACUGCCAAGCUGUGGGAUGUCCGUGAGGGCACCUGCCGCCAGACGUUCUCAGGACAUGAGUCCGAUAUCAAUGCCAUCAAUUUCUUCCCCAGUGGUGAAGCCAUCUGCACUGGUUCUGAUGAUGCCACCUGUCGCCUCUUUGACCUUCGGGCAGACCAGGAGCUCAUUGUCUACUCACAUGAAACCAUCAUCUGUGGUAUUACCUCAGUUGCAUUCUCCCGCAGUGGGCGCCUCCUACUGGCUGGAUAUGAUGACUUCAACUGCAACAUCUGGGACUCUCUAAAAGCAGAGCGUGUUGGAAUCCUGUCUGGACAUGACAACCGGGUGAGCUGCUUGGGAGUAACUGCAGAUGGUAUGGCUGUGGCUACCGGCUCUUGGGACAGCUUCCUGAAAAUCUGGAACUGAAGACAAAACGAAAAGAGGAGGGAGAUUGUGGGGAAUGCUCCCCAGACAUAUAAUUUACUGAGUACCACUACUACUGGUAUUUCUGCUUGUUCAGGCAGACUUAUUGAUCCAUGACACUUUCCUACCUGAAGGAGAAGCUCAGGGAAAAGGUCUAACCCGGCCCAUUUCCCCAACAUUCUUUCUUGCCCUCCCCACAAGCUCAGGGAUCCCCCAUUAGUGCGACUGCUUCAAGGAUACACUCCAGUGAGAGGCAGCCCCCCUUAAGUAACUCUGCCAGCUCACUUCACUUGAAGCUACAGAACACCCGUAUGGGAUCCUAACCCAUUUCUAAGUCCCCUAAAUCAGAAGCACACAAGUAGAACACACACACUUUCCUUGCUACCCUCCAUUUUUUAAAUUCCUUCUCUGCUUUUAUCACGCUUGUCAAACCAUGGGGCCCUCAGCUAUCACAACCAUCACCCCAGUAACCGAUCUCAGGAUCACUCCUCCCUCUGUGAAAAGAGGUUUCAAACCAAGGGUUCUAUACUUAUCUUUAUUCGCUUUUAUCUCAAAUAAGGAACGAAGAGUAUAUUUGCUCAUGGCUUUAAUCUAUGCAUUUGUACGGGGGGCUUACUGCCUCCCUCUUGGGCACCGGAGCCAGGGAAUAUUUAAUGCAGCCCUGCAGUCAUAACACCCUACAGUUCCUUACCUAUUGUGUAUGGUAUACUCUUCCUGCUCCAGCAUCCAUUAGAUUCCCCUUAGCCACUGCUUUGAAAUGUAACUGUACCAUAUAGGAGUUUUAGAGCCCAGGCAAAAUAAAAGUGACAUAGCAGAAGCACCGGCUCAAGCUGCAUCAUUUGAGACCAACACCCUGGGUCAGGCUGA